UAAAGUGUCAUAAAAUCGUCCCCCGUCUGCUCUCAUUGUCGCCUUUCCUCUGCUUCGUCAUUUUCUGUACUCCUCCAAGUCCAAAGUCCAAGUCCAAGUCGAACGAUGGCGGAUGAUCAUCCCAGGGACGAGGCUUAUAUCUCAGCCGUCAUCGAGAAGCGCAUCAGGCUCUUCGAGGAGUUCCAAGCGAAGCAGCUCGCGGAGAUUCAGUCGCGGCCGCACGACCAGAUCAAGGUUACAAUUGGAGAUGGUGGAGACGUGAAAGAAGGAAAGAGAUGGGAGACGACUCCAACAGACAUCGCGAGGCAAAUCUCUGCGGAAUUGGCGAACUCAGCGCUGGUUUCUUCGGUAAACGGUGUGCUGUGGGACAUGAAUAGGCCACUGGAAGCUGAUUGUUCCCUUGAGUUUUUCAGUUUCGACAGCGACAAAGGCCGUGAUACUUUCUGGCGUUCUACCGCUCACAUUGUUCUCCAACAGGAGUAUGGUUGUAAGCUCUGCAUUGGCCCCUGCAAACCUAGAGAUGAGGGUUUCUUCUACGAUGCAUUCUAUGCCGAUCUGGGCUUAAACGAGCAACACUUUCCCCAUACUGAACCAGGGGCUGCUCCGGAAGGACAUCCAUUUGAAAGGAUUGAAGUGACCAGGGGUCAGGCAUUUGAGAUGUUUUCUGAUGAUAAUACUUUUCAGGCUGAACUCCUCACCGAGAACAAAACCACCAUCUACAGGUGUGGUCCUUUGGUUGAUCUCUGUAGUGGACCACAUAUACCAAAUAUUUCCUUUGUGAAAGCUUUCAAGUGUUUGAAUUUUCUUUCGGUGCUAUUAGGCCAACACCACCAACUUUUCUUUUCUCACCCACUCAGCCCUGGGAGUUGGUUCUUCGAGAAACAUGGCACUCGCGUUUAUAAUAAGCUGAUGCAUUUCAUCCGGGAGGAAUAUCGGAAAAGGGGCUACGAAGAGGUCAUUUCACCAAAUAUUUACAACAUGAAACUCUGGGAAACAUCUGGGCAUGCUGCAAACUACAAGGAAAAUAUGUUCGCGUUUGAUAUUGAUAAACAGGAGUUCGGGCUCAAACCUAUGAACUGCCCUGGUCACUGCUUGAUGUUCCAACACAGGCUUCGCUCGUAUAAAGAAUUACCCAUUAGACUGGCCGACUUUGGAGUGUUACAUCGAAAUGAGGCAAGUGGAGCUCUUAGUGACUUGACCUGUGCCCGACGGUUCCAGCAGGACGAUGCACACAUAUUCUGUACAAAGGAUCAGGUUAGUGGAGAAUUGAAACGUGCAUUGGAGUUCGUUGACUAUGUUUACACAAAAUUUGGGUUUACCUAUGACCUAAAGCUCUCAACGAGACCAGACAAGUACAUUGGAGACGUAACAACAUGGGAUAGAGCAGAAAAGGACCUUGAAGAAGCACUAGAAGAUUUUGGAAGGCCGUUCCUUGUGAACAGAGGAGCCGGGGCAUUCUAUGGUCCGAAGAUAGACAUAACAAUAUCUGAUGCAAUGAAAAGCUACGUCCAGUGUGCUACUUUACAACUUGAUUUUCAACUUCCUGCCCUCUUCGAGCUGGAAUACACAGCUAUGGCUGAAGGGAAUUCGGAUACACCUGUGAUGAUACAUAGAGCGGUGUUAGGAUCUGUUGAGCGUAUGUUCACCACAUUGUUGGAGCAUUACAAAGGAAAAUGGCCCUUCUGGCUUAGUCCGCGCCAGGCCAUAGUCUGCUCGCUAUCAAAGGAUUAUGAUGAAUACGCUGAAAAGGUGAGAGAACAAAUUCACGAAGCUGGGUACUAUGCUGAUGUUGACAUAACAGACAGAAACAUCAGCAAGAAGGUGCGAGAAGCUCAGGUUCUGCAGUACAACUACAUACUGGUUGUGGGUGCUGAAGAAACUACAAGGGGACUUGUGACUGUUCGUCGAAGAAACGAAGACCGUUCGAAGUUCCCAGUGAUGAGCGUCGGGAAUCUGCUGGAUGAGUUGGAACUCAAGACGGCCAACUUUCUCUGAGAACCAUAGACGGGAGCAGUAGCAGUUUCCAAAGUACGAUGGGAACCAGCGCGGGUUAAAAUCCCAUUUGUAUGAACACAAAUUUCGAGUUCAUUUUCAUUUGAAAAACAUGUGUGUUUUGUUAUUUAAGGAUUACUAGAUUAGUGCGGGAUCGUUUAUUUUAAAAUUAUAUUAAAAGUUAAUAAGUAUUUACCUAGUUUAAUA